AUGGCGACUAUAGGCCCUUACGUAGACUCUGGGCCCCUUCGGCAGGGCUUCAGGCGGAGUUUAAACGUUGUGCUCAAUCGUUCCAGUCUCAUUAAAACUUUCUCGCAGCCAAGGCAGCUUAUGAAACGUCUAUUCGGGGUCAAAGACGUGGAAGAAAUUGUUGAGGAUGGAGCUCCGUCUGGAAAGAAAGACUACUUAGUUUCGGACACUUUCAGUGUUAAAGAUAUGGAUCCUAGGGUUGCAAAACUUGGACCAUCCGGCCCAACGUGUGAGGCCAUCAACCUCAUGAUAUUUCUGAUGAUGCGCGGUGUUCGAGUCAUUUUAUUCUGCAAGGUCCGUGCCACAAUCCAGACUUAA